GCGGCGGGCUCAGCAAACGGUCGUACUGUCUACAUUGGCAAUAUCGCACCAGAGACACAAAUCGACGAGGUCCUAAGCUUUGUUCGCACUGGUCUUGUGGAAAGCGCGCGUCUGUUGCCAGAGAAGAAUUGCGCCUUUAUUUCAUUUGUUGAUGCAGCUGCAGCCUCUGCCUUCCACCUCGAGGCCAACACUCGUAAGAUGACCCUCGCAGGACGCGAACUCCGAGUUGGCUGGGGUAAGCCUUCGCAAAUUCCAGGUCCUGUGCUUCAGGCUAUCCAGCAAGGCGCAACUAGAAAUGUGUUCCUCGGUAAUGUUGAUGAUUCCAUUACCGAGCAAGGAUUGCGUGCCGAUUUCUCGCAAUAUGGACCCAUCGAUACUAUCAAAAUUUUGAGAGAAAAGAACAUUGCUUUUGUACACUUCACGAGCAUUAGCAACGCAAUGAAGGCUGUGGCGGCUUUGCCACACGAUGCUCGUUAUUCUGGACGCCGAAUCAACUAUGGAAAGGACAGAUGUGCCAAGAACGCUGUAGCAGGAAUGCCUGGCGGAAUGUCCGGGUCUUUUGGCUUUGGAGGGUCUAACUAUUCACAGUUUGGGUCCUCAAUGUCUAUGGGAUUCAAUCCAAGCUUUGAUCGUUUUUCAAGCGGUGGUCGCAUGGGUACCUCUGGUCUGCAAAUGGGUGCCUUGACAGCUGAGGGUAACAGAACUGUAUACCUGGGUGGCAUCAGCGAAGAGACAACCACUGAAGAUCUUUGCAAUGCAAUCCGUGGUGGAAUCUUGAGUAGCAUCCGAUACCUUCCUCAGAAGCACAUUGCCUUUGUGACUUUUGUGGAUCCCCAAGCAGCCACCAACUUUUUUAAUGUGGCGUCACUCGGAAUUACCGUUCGAUCCCGACCUCUCAAGGUUGGCUGGGGCCAAAAUGCCCAUGCCUUGCCACACCAAGUUAUUGAAGCCGUACAAAGAGGUGCAACUCGCAAUGUGUACCUUGGUCAGCUUGAUGAUUCAUUCACUGAGGAGAAACUUCGACAAGACUUUUCUGAAUUUGGAGAAAUUGAGCUGGUCAACAUUCUGAAAGAGAAGAAUUGUGGAUUUGUCAACUUUACAACCAUUUUGUCAGCAGUCCAGGCCGUUGAAGGCAUUCGUCGUAACUCUGCAUAUGACAAUAUCAAAAUUAACUAUGGUAAGGAUCGAUGUGGUAAUCCCCCUCGUCCACAACGCAACUUCAACAAAAACGCGAAUGGAAACAGCCACGAUUCAGAAAAUGGAGAAAAUGGUCAAAAUGGUGCUGGAUCUGAU